AUGCUGCUCGGGACUGUGAUCGAGGCGGAGUGCCUGGCGGCGAGCAUCGAGGCAGAUGGGCCAGACGUGGCGCGGAGGACGCGCCUGGAGGGCGUCGCAGAGAGCCUGCGGGACCCGACGCUGACCCCGCAGAAGCGGCGCAUGCUGCAGAUGCUGCUGGCGGCGGAGCGCAAGCGGCAGGAACCCCUGUGGCGCCAGUGCGAGCGCGACCGCCUGCGCCAGGCGGACGAGCAGUCGCGGCUGUGGCGCGACUGGCUGCGGGAGCAGGAGAGGGAGCGUAGGCGCCGCGAACGGCGGGCAGAGGCGUCCGAGCGCGACGCCCUGGCGGCGGCGGACGCAGAGAGCCGCCGCGCCGCGGCCCAGCCGCACAUGCUGAGCGGCCGCGCGGUGGACUGCAUCGUCGACCGCAUCAACGAGGCCGUCGACAUCCCGCUGAUGUCGGAGACGCGGAAGCCUACAAGCCUACAGAGAAUGGGCGGGUGA